AUGCCGGUUGAAAAUCCUAUCCUGCCCGUCAAGGGCAAGAGGAACAUCCUCAUCACCAGCGCCCUGCCCUACGUCAACAACGUCCCCCAUCUGGGCAACGUCGUGGGCAGCGUGCUGAGUGCGGAUGUGUACUCCCGAUUCAGCAAACUUCGCGACCGUCCUACACUCUACAUUUGCGGAACAGACGAGUACGGCACCGCUACGGAGACGAAAGCUCUCGAGACGGGCCAGACCCCCCAGGAACUCUGCGACGAGUUCCACGCGAAGCAUAAGGAGGUGUAUGACUGGUUUGAGAUUGGAUUCGACUAUUUCGGCCGCACCACGACCCAAAAGCAGACAGAGAUUGUGCAGGAUAUCUUUUUAAAACUACAUGAGAACGGAUUUCUCGAGGAGCGCACCACAACCCAGCCGUACUGCGAGAAGCAUGAUGGCUACCUGGCCGAUCGAUUUGUCGAGGGAACGUGUCCCAAGUGCGGCUAUGACGAUGCUAGAGGUGACCAGUGUGACAAGUGCGGAGGGCUCUUGGACCCCUUUGAGCUGAUCAACCCGCGAUGCAAGAUCGAUGGUGCCCAGCCCAUCCCUCGCGACACCAAGCACAUCUUCUUGAAGCUGGACUUGCUUCAGCCAGAUAUUGAGAAGUGGUUCGCAAACGCGCACAAGAAGUACGGAUGGCCGCAGAACGGUGUUGGAAUCACGCAAUCUUGGUUGACCAAGGGCCUCGAGGGUCGCAGUAUCACCAGAGAUCUCAAGUGGGGUGUUCCCAUCCCGCUGCCCGGCUAUGAGAAGAAGGUCAUUUAUGUGUGGUUCGACGCUUGCAUCGGAUACCCGUCUAUCACAGCCAACUACACGGACGAAUGGGAGAAGUGGUGGAAGAACCCCGACGAUGUUUCUCUGUACCAGUUCAUGGGUAAGGACAACGUGCCGUUCCACACGGUUAUUUUCCCUGGCUCCGAGAUUGGAACUGGCUACAACUGGACCAUGUUGAAUCAUCUGUCUACGACCGAGUACCUCAACUACGAGAAUGGCAAGUUUUCCAAGUCGAGAGGCGUUGGUGUCUUUGGAAACCAGGUCAAGGAUAUUGGCAUCUCGCCCUCUGUUUGGAGAUAUUACCUCCUGUCGAAUCGUCCCGAGACUGGAGACACUCAGUUUGAGUGGCAAAACUUCGUUCUUGCCAACAACAGCGAGCUACUUGCCAAUUUCGGUAACUUUGUGAACCGAAUCGUCAAGUUUGUCAAUGCCAAGUGUGAUGGAACUAUUCCUGAAUUCUCUGCCACGUACACAGACGACACGUUCGACUUUCCCGGCUGGGUCCUCCGAGUCAACGCCCUUCUGGCAGAAUACGUCGACCUCAUGGAGAAGGUCCACAUUCGUGCUGGCGUGAAGAAGCUCAUGGAGAUCAGCACCGAGGGCAACACCUUAUUGCAGUACCGACUGGACAACACCAACCUGGUUGAGAAACCUGAGAGAACCAAGACUGUUAUUGGCUUGGGCCUCAACCUUUGCCACUUGCUGGCGUCUCUGGCAUCGCCAUAUAUGCCCUCAACAUCAGAGUCAAUCUGCAAGCAGUUGAACACCACGCUUGCCUUUAUCCCCGACGUUUGGGAUCCUGAGAUCCUCAAGAGCGGCCACAAGAUCGGAAAAGCGGCUUACCUGUUCACUCGUAUUGACGAGAAGAAAGUGGCGGAGUGGAAGGCGGCUUUUGGUGGCAGUGCUGAGUCCCGCGCUGCCGAGGAGGCUGCCAAGAAGAAGAAGCAGGAGGAGAAGGAAAAGAAGAAGGCUAGAAAAGCGGCCAAGGCUGCUGAAGCCGCUCAGGCCGCUGCUGGCGAAAGCCCUGCGGGCAAGGACAAGGACGCGAAGGCUACAGAUGGAGCUGCUGUUGCUCCUGCUGCAAGAGAUAUAAAGGAUUUGCCUAUCCGAGCUAAGCCUGAGAGCAAGUAG